AUGGAGAGCAGUGCAAACUCGUGGCUUCCUGGCUUCAUGCGCCGCGAGACCAAGCGUGAAGAGGCGCCCCCGAACGAGCGCACUUCUCUGCUGCCUCCGCGCGAGCGUGAAGAAGGCGAAGUCUUCGACCUGGAAGAUGGAGACCGCUCCUCCGCCCAGCUCGUCCUGGUCGAGUUCUGGAUCCUCCUCAAGGGCUCCAUUCCCGUCAUUCUGGCCUACACCUUGCAGAACUCGCUGCAGACCAUCUCGGUUCUGAUCGUCGGCAGGCUGUCGCCCGAGGCACUGGCCACUGCCGCCUUCUCCUACAUGUUUGCCAUGGCCACCGCCUGGCUGAUUGCCCUCGGCGGCACCACUGCCAUCGACACCCUCGCCUCGGCCAGCUUCACCGGCAGCAAGAACAAGCACGACCUCGGCAUCAUUCUGCAGCGCUCGUUCUUCGUUCUAGCCCUCUUCUACAUCCCCGUCGCCAUUCUCUGGAUCUGCGCCGAGCCCGUCUUCAAGCUGCUCGGCCAGGAGCACUACAUCGCCCAUGACUCGGCUAGGUUUCUCUCCGCCCUGGUACCUGGCGGCCUGGGCUACAUCUACUUUGAGUGCAUGAAGAAGUACCUGCAGGCCCAAGAAAUCAUGAGGCCGGGCACCUAUGUGCUCUUGAUCACUUCGCCCCUCAACGCCGCCCUGAACUACCUGUUUGUCUACACGCUCGAUAUCGGUCUUCUCGGCGCGCCCCUCGCCACUGGCAUUUCCUACUGGCUGUCCUUCUUUCUUCUGCUUGCAUAUGCCCGCUUUGUCAAUGGCUGGGAGUGCUGGGGAGGCUGGUCCCGCAAGGCUUUGUCCAACCUACGCGUCUUUUCGCGUCUCGCCUUCCUUGGUGUCGUUCAUGUAGGAACUGAGUGGUGGGCGUUUGAGAUUGUGGCCUUGGCCGCCGGCCGUCUCGGCACGAUUCCCCUCGCUGCGCAGAGCGUCAUCAUGACGACCGACCAGGUCAUGAACACGAUUCCCUUCGGCGUCGGAGUCGCUACCAGCGCCCGCGUCGGCAACCUCCUGGGCGCCCGGAACGCCAAAGGCGCUGCGAGAGCCGCCAACACCGCCGCCUGGUUGAGCAUGAUCUUGGGUGCUCUUGUCCUGGCCGUGCUGAUGGGCGUCAAGGACUUCUACGCGCGCAUCUUCAACGACGAUCCGGAUGUUGUCAAGCUCACGGCACACGUCAUGCCCUACGUCGCUCUUUUCCAGAUCGCCGACGGAUUGAACGGCAGCUGCGGAGGCGCGCUCAGGGGUAUGGGAAGGCAGCACAUUGGUGCUGCUGUCAAUCUCGUCAGCUACUACUGCGGCGCCUUGCCGCUGGGCAUCUACUUGGCUUUCCACGGCUGGGGGCUGGCCGGUCUCUGGGUCGGGCAAUGCAUCGCGCUGUAUCUAGUCGGCGCUUUGGAGUGGGUCAUUGUUGCUUUCAGUGAUUGGGAUAAGCAGGUCCGAAAGGCGUUUGAGAGGAUGGAUCACGACGAUAUGGCAGAGCGUGGCGUACAGGUUAGCUAG